UUCCUUUUUCUUCAAGCUUUCACCGCUUAUUCAGCAGCCAUUUUAUAUUCUCUCUCGUCUUCCGCUACCCGCGAAAGCUCCUAAUCUUCAUAUCAUUCCAUUAAUAUUAUCUCUUUUGGCAUUAGGGUUUAGGGUUUACAUACAAGUUUAUUCGCGCGGAGAGUGAAUGGCAGGAGGUGGUUCAUCUAAUGCGAAGGGGAACAUCUCCGGUGUUCGCGUCAUCGUCGCCGGUGACCCUAAGACCGGAAAAUCCAGCUUAAUCUUGACAGCCGCCACUGAAUCAUUUCCGGCCAGUGUCCCCCCUGUAUUGCCCCCGACGAGGCUUCCCGAUGACCUCUUCCCGGAUCGAGUUCCCGUUACCAUCAUCGAUACAUCGUCUAGUCCAGAAAACAGGGGUAAACUUUUUGAGGAAAUGAUGAGAGCUGAUGCAAUUGUACUAACAUAUGCAUGUGACAAACCUGCUACUCUUGAUCGGUUGAGCACAUAUUGGCUACCUGAACUUCGUAGACUAGAGGUCAAGGCCCCUGUUAUUGUUGUGGGUUGCAUGCUUGACAAGAGGGAUGACCAGCAAGCUAUAAAUUUGGAGCAGGUUAUGUUACCAAUAAUGCAACAAUUCCGGGAGAUAGAAACAUGUAUUGAGUGCUCAGCAUACAAACUAAUUCAGGUUGCUGAGGUUUUCUACUAUGGACAAAAGACAGUUCUGCACCCAACAGCUCCGUUAUUUGAUCAGGAAGCUCAGACUUUAAGACCAAGAUGUGUUAGAGCUUUAAAACGGAUUUUCAUUCUGUGUGACCAUGAUAGGGAUGGUGCCCUUAGUGAUGCCGAAUUGAAUAAUUUUCAGGUCAAAUGCUUCAAUGCUCCAUUACAACCUUCAGAAAUAAUGGGGGUUAAGAAAGUUGUGCAAGAGAAAUUGCCUGAGGGAGUCAACAUCUAUGGUCUUACAUUGACAGGAUUCCUCUUUCUCCAUGCCUUGUUUAUUGAAAAAGGGCGUCUGGAGACAACUUGGACUGUACUGCGGAAAUUUGGAUACAAUAAUGACAUCAGACUUAGUGAGGAUCAACUUCCUCCUCCAAUCAAGAGGCAACCAGACCAGAGUGUGGAGCUGACAGAUGAGGCUGUUGAAUUCCUCAAGAAAGUUUUUCUCACAUUUGACCUUGAUGGAGAUGCUGUCCUUCGAUCCAAUGAUCUUGAUGAUUUGUUUUCAGUGGCACCUGAAAAUCCUUGGAAUGAAGUACCGUACAAGGAUGCUGCGGAGAAGGAUGUUUUGAGAGGACUCUCACUUGAUGGGUUUCUUUCACUGUGGAAUCUCAUGGCACUUCUUGAUCCAAUGGCUGCUGUGGAAAAUCUUAUAUACAUUGGAUAUGCUGGUGACCCUUCAUCUACUAUCCGUGUCACUCGAAGAAGACGUUUAGAUCGUAAGAAGCAGCAAUCAGAUAGAAAUGUCUACCAGUGUUUUGUUUUUGGUCCCAAAGAAGCUGGAAAAUCUGCGAUUUUGAAUUCUUUUGUUGGAAGAUCUUUCUCUGAAGAAUAUGAAUCAAAUGCUGAUGACAGAUAUGCUGUUAAUAUUGUCCGUCUACCUGGGGGUGGAAAGAAAACUCUAGUAUUGCAUGAGAUACCAGAAGAUGGAGUGAAGAAACUUCUCUCUUCAAAAGAUGCUUUAGCAGCUUGUGAUGUGGCGAUAUUUGUCCAUGACAGUUCUCGUGAGGCAUCAUGGAAAAGAGCAUCUGAAUUGCUUGUAGAUGUUGCUAGUUAUGGUGAGGCCACUGGCUAUGAGAUCCCUUCUCUGAUUGUCGCAGCUAAAGAUGAUCUGGAUCCUUAUUUGACUGAAAUACAAGAUUCAACAAGGGUUAGCCAGGAUAUGGGGAUAGAAGCUCCUAUUCCAAUUAGUACAAAGCUUGGAGAUUUGAGUAAUUUGUUCCAAAGGAUUGUUAAUGCAGCAGAACGUCCUCAUCUGAGCAUUCCUGAGACUGAAGCUGGCAAGAGUAGGAAGCAAUAUCAUCGGCUUAUCAACCGCUCUCUUAUGUUUGUAUCAGUUGGGGCUGCAGUUGCUGUUGUAGGCCUUGCCGCUUACCGUGUUUAUGCUGCAAGGAAGAACAGCUCUAGUUGAAAAGGUGAAGGGUGAGAUGUUUCUGGCAUCAAACCGAUUUAUGCAGAUCACUGCAGCUGCUGAUUUUGUUUACCCUGGCGUGAAAUUCUCAUAUCAAAUUUUUAAAUAUUCUAUACAGUUAGCUGUUUCCUAGCAGGUUUCAAUUUGCAAGUUAUGCAUGAGCUGUUUUUUAGUCAAAGUGGUAUCUGCAGAUAGAAAGAAUUGAUGAUAGCAAUGGAUGCAUGUUUGUGCAAUAAAAAUGAUUUUGGGCCUUUUGGCUAAUCUUACAUUUUGUAAUGCAAAUUUGAUCUUUGUUGGUUUAUUGGCAAGCAGUUAAUUUCA